UUCUGUGCACCUGGAAUACUGCGGUGUUCCUACAGAGGCAGCUUAUGUGAGGUGACCAGAAAGGAGGUACUUGCUGGUUUUGUUUUUGCACUGAAUGUAGCCAGGACGGAUCCUUGUGGGCUUUGGCAGCCCUUGGAAACUGUCAAAGGCAGUAUUUUGCAUUUCUGCAGAGCUUUGCACAGAUCCUGUUCCCAUGCAAACUGAUGAGGGAGAAAUACUGGAGGAAGGCAGUCCCAAGGUCAGUGAGAUGGAACAUGAGGAUUUUGUAAUGGAGGGGCAUGGCAAGACUCCACCUCCUGGUGAAGAAAACAAACAAGAGAAGGAGCAAGAAAGGGAAGAACAGUUAAUGGAAGACAAGAAAAGGAAGAAAGAGGAUAAGAAAAAGAAGGAAUCUGCUCAGAAGGUCACAGAUCAAAAAACCAAAGUGCCCGAAGUGACGAAACCAAGUUUAAGCCAACCAGUGGCUGCCAGCCCAAUUGGCAACUCUCCAUCGCCACCAGUCAAUGGUGGCAACAAUGCCAAAAGGGUGGCAGUGCCGAACGGACAACCGCCAAGCGCCGCCCGCUACAUGCCUCGGGAGGUGCCGCCGCGAUUCCGUUGCCAGCAGGACCACAAAGUGUUACUGAAACGUGGGCAGCCCCCUCCGCCAUCCUGUAUGCUCCUUGGGGGUGGAGCAGGGCCUCCCCCCCCAACAGCACCAGGAGCAAACCCAAACAACGCACAACCAGUGACAGGAGCACUGCUGCAGAGCGACAGUGGGACUGCAACAGAUUCAACAAUUGGAGGUGCUGCUGCUUCAAAUUAUGCAAAUUCCACUUGGGGUCCUGGAGCCUCCUCCAACAGCGGCACCAACGCCAACCCAACUCACAUCUGGGACAAGGUGAUUGUAGACGGGUCUGACAUGGAAGAGUGGCCUUGUAUUGCCAGCAAAGAUGCUGAGUCUUCUUCCGAAAACACCACCGAUAACAACAGUGCCUCGAACCCUGGCUUGGAGAAGAACGCUCUGCCAGGAAGCACCACUAGUAACAAAGGAAAAGGAAGCCAGUGCCAGUCUGGAAGCGCUGGAAACGAAUGUAAUCUUGGGGCCUGGAAAUCUGAUCCCAAGGCUAAAUCUGUUCAAUCUUCCAACCCUGCUGCCGAGAGUAACAAUGGACUAAGUAAUUGGAGGAACUUGACUGGACAAGAUAGAAUUGGUCCUGGUUCUGGCUUCAGCAACUUUAACCCAAAUAGCAACCCAUCUGCUUGGCCGGCACUGGUUCAGGAGGGCAGUUCUAGGAAAGGGACUUUGGAAUCUGAUAGUGGUAGCUCCAAUGCACAGAUUAGCACAGUAGGUCAGACCUCUAGGGAACAGCAGUCAAAGAUGGAAAAUGCGGGUGUUAACUUUGUCUCUGGCAGAGAACAGGCUCAAAUUCAUAACACUGAUGGACCAAAAAAUGGAAACACUAACUCCUUGAACUUAAGUUCACCAAACCCUAUGGAGAAUAAGGGAAUGCCCUUUGAAAUGGGCUUGGGGAACCCUUCCAGGAGCACUGACACCCCUUCACAAAGCACUGGAGAAAGAAAGACUGGGAGUGUUGGAUCUUGGGGUACAGCUAGGGGGUCUUCUGGAACUGACACAGUCUCUGGACAGAGCAAUUCUGGAAACCAUGGGAACAAUGGAAAGGAUAGGGAGGACUCCUGGAAAGGAGCUUCUGUUCAAAAACCUAAUGGGUCAAGAAGUGAUUCUUGGGAUAACAAUAACCGGUCUACGGGUGGCGGGUCAUGGAACUUUGGCCCUCAGCAUGCAAAUGAAAGCAAAUGGGGUGAAGGGAACAAAUUAACAUCUGGGGUCUCUCAGGGAGAAUGGAAACAGCUGUCUGGGUCUGAUGAACUGAAGAUUGGAGAAUGGAGUGGUCCAAACCAACCAAAUUCUAGCACUGGAGCAUGGGACAAUCAAAAAGGCCACCCUCUUCCUGAAAACCAAGGCAAUUCCCAGGCUCCCUGUUGGGGAAGAUCUUCCAGCUCUGCAGGAAGUGAGGUUGGAGGUCAAAGCACUGGAAGCAACCACAAAGCAGGAAGUAGUGACAGUCACAAUUCUGGACGCCGAUCAUACAGGCCUACACAUCCCGAUUGCCAGGCAGUCUUGCAGACUUUGCUGAGCAGGACUGAUUUGGACCCCCGAGUGCUUUCAAACACUGGCUGGGGCCAAACUCAAAUUAAGCAAGAUACCGUGUGGGAUAUUGAAGAGAUGCCACGGCCCGAGGGGAAGUCUGAUAAAGGAACUGAGGGGUGGGAGAGCUCUGCCACACAGACAAAGAACUCAGGGGGCUGGGGCGAUGUACCCAGCCAAAGCAAUCAAAUCAAGUCUGGAUGGGGUGAGCUCUCAACCCCAACAGAGUGGAAGGAUCCCAAAAAUACUGGAGGAUGGAAUGACUAUAAGAACCCCAAUUCUUCUAAUUGGGGAGGGGGAAGACCAGAAGAAAAAUCGUCAUCUUCUUGGAAUGAAAGCUCUAGUAAGGAUCAGGGGUGGGGUGGACGGCAACCUAAUCAAGGAUGGUCUUCUGGAAAGAACGGUUGGGGAGAGGAAGUUGACCAAACAAAAAACAGCAACUGGGAAAGUGCAGGAAACAAGCCAGUGUCUGGUUGGGGUGAAGGUGGGCAAAACGAGAUUGGAACUUGGGGUAACGGUGCAAAUACAGGCUCUGCUUCAAAGGGUGGAUGGGAUGAUUGUAAAAGAAAUUCAACAUGGAACGAGACGGGUCGACAGCCCAACUCCUGGAACAAGCAGCAGCAGCAGCACCAGCAGCAGCAGCAGGAGACUUCUGGUUCCUGGGGUCCAUCACCACAAACUCCGAGUAACGGGCGACCUCCAAACCCAAACUGGAACAGUGGACCGCAACCAGCUGCCCCCAAAGAUGAGGAGCCUAGUGGCUGGGAAGAACCUUCUCCACAGUCAAUCAGUCGGAAAAUGGAUAUUGAUGAUGGCACUUCAGCAUGGGGAGAUCCUAGCAGUUACAACUACAAGAAUGUGAACCUGUGGGACAAGAACUCGCAAGGAGGACAAGCCCCACGGGAACAGAGCCUGCCUACUCCAAUGACUGGCAAAUCACAAGCAUCAGUCUGGAGCAAAAGCACUCCACCUGCUCCAGAUAAUGGUACGUCCGCCUGGGGUGAGCCAAAUGAAACCAGUCCCGGGUGGGGUGAAGUAGAUGAUACAGGAGCAUCGACAACAGGCUGGGGGAAUGCACCUUCCAACGCCCCGAAUGCCAUGAAAUCUAGAGUCCGUGCAGCUGCUAUGAAGGUUUCAGCUCAACUAAAGUCAUGUUCUAAAUCUAUGCAAGAUGGCUGGGGAGAGAGUGAUGGGCCAGUGACAGGAACGCGUCACUCCAGCUGGGAAGAGGAGGAGGAGGGAGGAGUCUGGAACACAGCAGGCUCUCAGGGAAGCAGUUCCUCCCACAACUCAACAAGCUGGGGGCAAGGAGGAAAGAAAACACAAAUGAAGUGCUCAUUAAAAGGAGGAAAUAACGAUUCAUGGAUGAACCCUAUAUCCAAACAGUUUUCAAAUAUGGGCUUGCUAAGUCAAACUGAGGACAUUCCAGGCAGUAAGAUGGACUUGUCUGUAGGUGGUCUCCCAGAUAAGAAGUUUGAGGUAGAUAAACGAGCCAUGAAUCUCGGGGAUUUUAAUGACAUAAUGAGAAAGGAUCGAUCUGGGUUCCGUCCACCUAAUUCCAAAGACAUGGGAACUACAGAUAGUGGGCCUUAUUUUGAGAAGCUGACUUUGCCUUUCUCCAAUCAAGAUGGGUGCCUUGGGGAUGAGGCUCCCUGCUCUCCCUUCUCCCCUUCUCCCAGCUACAAGCUGUCUCCCUCUGGUUCCACACUAUCCAACGUCGGCCUUGGGGCAAUCGGCUCAGGGCUCAGUCCCCAAAACUUCGCUGCUAGACAAGGUGGCAAUCAUGGUUUGUUUGGAAACAGCACAGCACAAUCGAGGGGCAUGCACACACCAGUGCAGCCACUAAAUCCUUCCCCCAAUAUCCGGGCGCAAGUGCCUCCCCAAUUUCUUUCUCCCCAGGUUUCAGCCUCCAUGCUCAAGCAGUUCCCCAACAGUGGCUUGAAUCCAGGUCUUUUCAAUAUGGGGCCCCAGCUUUCUCCGCAACAGAUUGCCAUGCUGAGCCAGCUUCCACAGAUUCCUCAGUUUCAAUUAGCAUGUCAGCUCCUCCUUCAGCAGCAGCAGCAGCAGCAGCUGUUACAGAGCCAGAGGAAGUUAUCUCAAGCUGUGCGACAACAGCAGGAGCAACAGAUUGCUCGUAUGGUGAGUGCCCUCCAGCAGCAGCAGCAGAGGCAGCCUGGUAUGAAGCAUUCACCAUCCCACCCUGUUGGGCCUAAGCCGCAUAUAGACAGCAUGGUACCCAAUCCCUUGAACGUGGGUCUCUCAGAUUUACAGACCAAAGGGCAAAUACCUGGAUACGGUUCAGGCUUCGGCUCAAGUGGCAUGGAUUAUGGCAUGGUGGGAGGGAAAGAAGCUGGAACAGAAUCCCGCUUUAAACAGUGGACUAUGAUGGAAGGGCUGCCCUCUGUGGCUUCUCAAGAUGCCAAUAUGCACAAAAAUGGUGCAAUAGUGCCCCCUGGAAAGGCUCGCGGAGGAUCGCCCUACAACCAGUUUGACAUAAUUCAGGGCGACCCACUAGGUGGCCAUGCAGGCCCUGCUGGUGAUAGUUGGUUACCUGCCAAAUCUCCACCGACGAACAAGAUCGGAAGCAAAUCCAGCAACGCCAGCUGGCCUCCAGAGUUCCAACCAGGAGUGCCAUGGAAAGGUAUACAAAACAUUGACCCUGAAUCGGACCCCUAUGUGACCCCUGGAAGUGUGCUGGGGGGGACAGCCACAUCUCCCAUUGUAGAUACUGACCACCAACUUCUGCGGGACAACACCACAGGGUCUAAUUCUUCCCUCAACACCUCGCUGCCUUCACCUGGUGCCUGGCCCUACAGUGCCUCUGACAAUUCCUUCACCAACGUUCAUAGCACUUCAGCAAAAUUCAGUGAUUACAAAUCAACAUGGUCCCCAGAUCCCAUAGGACACAAUCCCACUCAUCUCUCCAACAAGAUGUGGAAAAACCAUAUUUCCUCAAGGAACACUACAGGGCUGCCCCGCCCGCCUCCUGGCCUGACCAACCCCAAACCAUCAUCUCCAUGGAACAGCACAGCACCCCGAUCGGUCAGGGGCUGGGGGGCACAGGACUCAAGGCUUGCCUCUGGUGAGAAGAAUCAUCUGAUAGCACCAUUGAUCAGACCUGAGGAGUGUACGUUUUACAGCACUAAUGGUUUGGAGGAAAGAAAGUUGCAGUUGUCUGCAUCUACUUGGAGUGAUGGUAGCUCAGUUCGUCCUAGUUACUGGCUGGUUCUUCACAAUCUCACUCCACAGAUCGAUGGGUCAACCUUGAGGACGAUCUGCAUGCAGCACGGCCCACUGCUGACAUUCCAUCUGAACCUGACCCAGGGCACCGCCCUCAUCCGAUACAACACCAAACAGGAGGCGGCCAAGGCCCAGACUGCACUGCACAUGUGUGUGUUGGGAAACACUACCAUCCUGGCUGAGUUUGCCACAGACGAAGAGGUUAGUCGCUUUCUGGCACAAGCUCAGCCCCCUACACCUGCAGCAACCCCAAGUGCACCCACGGCAGGCUGGCAAUCCCUGGAGACGGGACAGAACCAGACAGAUCCAGUUGGACCUGCUUUGAAUCUCUUUGGUGGGUCAACAGGGCUUGGGCAGUGGAGCAGUGGUGGCGGCGGCGGCAGCAGUGGGGGCGAUCUCACUGGCGCUUCAUUGUGGGGGCCCCCAAACUAUUCUUCAAGCUUGUGGGGGGUCCCGAGCGUAGAGGAUCCACACAGAAUGGGCAGCCCUGCUCCCUUACUACCUGGAGACCUUCUGGGAGGAGGGUCGGAUUCAAUCUGAACUUAGAACUUUCAACUCUGACCUCGUGACCUUUUUUGGAACAGCAGCAGCACUAACUUGACCUUUUCGUUUUUUUCAACUUGCAAUAAAUACAUUUAUAAAAGGAAAAGAGAAAACGGAGAGAGAAAAAAAGGUGGGUCAUUGACAGACUGUCUGAGCACAUAGUUGCCUCCCUUAUAUAACUUCAGUUUUUUCGUUUGGAAUAUGAAUCCAAAAAGAGAACAUAUCACUCUUGAAAUACUUGAAUCAUGAACGCCAACUUAGAAAGACAAUGUGAAGCAAGUACACAUACCAUUUAAAUCUAAACACAAAAAAUUAAAAAAAUUAGUUUCUAGUUUUUCACUUUUUCAUGUUAUACGGAAGUUGUUGCUAAGAAACAUAUAUACUGAAAAAAUAGCUUUUUAACUUUGUU